UUCUUGUAUUAAACCCCAGCGCCAGACAGUUCCAUUUGUUUUCCGUUUGUUGUCUGGCGUAUCCGGGUGACGUUAGUCUGCCCUUUUAUGCCAAAACCGUCAGGAAGUUUUUGAUUUUUAGGGUUUCAGUCGCUAGUUUCUCCGAAGAUACAUGGCUCCCGAUGCCUCUGUUGCUCUUGCUGUCAGGCAGAAAGUUCAGCAGUUCCUCAAUUCUGCAAGAACUGGGAAUCUCGAUCUUCUGAAGAAUGUAGCAGCCCAGCUCGAUGAUGGGAAAGGACUGGAAAAAACUGUUGCAGAUAUAAAGGAUGCUAAUAAACGAGGGGCGCUUCAUUUUGCAGCAAGGGAGGGACAAACUGAAGUAUGCAAGUUCUUAGUGGAGGACUUGAAGCUUGAUGUUGAUACGAAGGAUGAAGAUGGCGAUACUCCUCUUCUUCAUGCUGCUCGGCAAGGACAUGCUGUUACUGCUAAAUUCCUUAUUGAGCAUGGUGCUGAUCCUUCGAUUCCAAGUGAUUUAGGGGCCACAGCUUUGCAUCAUUCUGCAGGGAUAGGAAAUAUUGAGUUGACGACGUAUUUACUUUCUAAGGGUGUUGAGGUUGAUUCAGAAAGUGAUGCUGGCACUCCUUUAAUUUGGGCUGCCGGUCAUGCUCAGCCUGAUGCUUUGAAAGUUUUGUUAGAACACCAUGCUAAUCCUAAUGCUGAAACAGAAGAUAAUAUAACUCCAGUAUUGUCAGCUGUUGCUGCUGGUUCAUUAGCUUGCAUAGAAUCAUUAGUUCAGGCAGGUGCUGAUGUGAAUGUUGUUGCUGGUGGAGCCACGCCAUUGCAUAUUGCAGCUGAUAAUGGGAGUCCAGAAAUCUUGAACUGUUUACUGAAAGUUGGGGCUGAUCCUAAUGUCGCUGAUGAGGAUGGCCAGAAACCUAUACAGGUUGCAGCAGCAAGAGGCAAUCGUGCAGCUGUUGAGAUCCUUUUUCCCUUGACAGCAAAAGUUCAAACUAUCCCAGAGUGGACUGUUGAUGGAAUUAUCGGAUAUAUGCAGUCUGAAACUAACAAACAACUGGAAGAAAUGAGGAAUCUGAGGGAAGUUAGUGCUAUAGAGGCCGCUGCAAUACCAAGAAAUGUUCCCCCUGAGGUAUCACCUGAAGCAAAGGCGAGAGCUGCAGAAGCGAAAUCAAGAGGAGAUGAUGCUUUCAGAAGAAAGGAUUAUUGUAUGGCUGUGGAUGCUUAUACACAAGCGAUUGAUCUAGACCGUACUGAUGCCACUUUGCUUUCAAAUAGAAGCCUUUGUUGGUUGCGCUUGGGACAACCUGAGCAUGCAUUAACUGAUGCACAAGCUUGCAGAGCACUAAGACCAGAUUGGCCAAAAGCUUGCUAUCGGGAAGGUGCAGCUCUGCGUUUAUUGCAGAGGUUCGAUGAAGCAGCAAAUUUGUUCUAUAAGGGAGUCAAGCUUAAUCCUGAAAACAAGGAACUCGUUUCGGCAUUUAGGGAAGCUGUUGAAGCUGGGAGAAAGUUUCAUGGUACUGAUAACAAAAAUCAUGAAAUCUUAGGUGACAAAUGAACACCAAAGACAGUUAAAAAGUUUUUCCAUUCCCCUUUGCCCUUCUCUGUAGUUGGUUAGAAACCAUAAAAAGCAUAUCUUUGUUCUGAGUUGAAGCUCCAUGGAAAGAAGAAAAAGAGAGUGUGUACCUAUGAGCUAAUAAUAUUUAACAUUUUGGGAAGUUUUUGUCAUAGAUUUGCACCAACUUGAAGAUACGCUUUUAAAGAAUAUUUUAGUUAUAGAUAUUUCAGUAUUUUCUUAAUUUUCUUAAGUUUAAAAUUUUAUAUUUUCCCUGUCCA